AUGGAACACGCACCAGGCGUCUGCUUGUCUUUGAAAUGGCCAGACAUGACAGAGAUUCAGCGAGCCAUGGUCAUGAAACCCAUUUACCAAAAACUGAACGAGGCUGCCAAUCUUGAAUUCCCCGCAUAUGGCAGUCUCUACCUAGCCAACACUCCACAUAUCAAAGACUCUGCAAUACCUCUGGAACCAAAUUUCUGUAUCGGUCCUAAUUGCGAAACCAUGUAUUGGGAUUGUGAGCCCACAGAGCCGAGGUACUACCACGCUGUCAACCGAAACCAAGGACCUUGGCCCGAUCAAUCCGCCUAUUGCGAUGGUCUAAUCGACGCAGGGAUUUCGAGGCUUCCGCCAGAUGCAGUUGGCUCAAAGCGACCACACUAUCAUGGGUCCGUUGAAGACCACAAAGCCUUGUUGGAAUACUGUCGUGCAGUGAUACAGAAGAUGAUACAGGACCCUUCCAUGAGCAUGAUGGCACAGCCCACCCUAUUUCACCCCGACUUGAACAUGAGAAAUAUAUUCGUUUCAGAGGAAGACCCGACUAUCCUCACAGCCAUAAUCGACUGGCAGUCAUCGAGCAUCAAGCCAGCAUUCUGGUACAUGCACGAGACACCAGAUUUUGCCCGCAAAAUCCCCGAUCCUUCCGAUGAAGACAAAUUCGAGCCCGAGAGCGAGAGGCGUGCCAAAGCCUUCAGUUUUCUGGUUCGCUCGCUCCUUCCACCCGCAAUGUUAGCGCCUCUAGAAAUGGACGAGGCCUACUUUCGGCCUUUUAUGUAUGGCCACCGUACCUGGAUACACGGCGCUGCUGCCUUUCGAAUAGAAUUGAUACAGACAGCACGACGAUGGAAGGAACUAGGUUUCGAAGGCGAGUGUCCUUAUCCGCUACCCAGCCCUGAAGAGUCCGCCGUGCAUUUUGAAAGGUUCAGAGAGUUUGAGCGGGAUUACAAGGCCAAGAAGUUCCUCGCAAGUAUGCUAAACGUGGGGCUUGACGGGUGGGUGCCCCCAGAAGAGUUUGAGGCAUUGAAGCAGGCGAACAAGGAGUUGUUUGCCACGAUAGUAGAGGAUAGUCGAGGUGCUGAAGAAUCUGAGAAUGUGGAGGCUGAGAUUAGCGAUUUUUGGCUUUUUGAUCUGGAGGACUGA